ACAUAUCCAUAACAUAACCUUAACUAUCAACUAUGUAUAAUUGUUCAUUUGCGUUUUCUAUUUCUAGAUUAGGUUAUCCCAUGCCUAUUUAUCUCUGACCUAAACGAACGACGCAGUUGAUUUAAAAUGUAUUUUCCAAGAACCAAAGUCUACAUUCAAAGUAAUUUACUGUGACGAAUUCUAGAGUAUAAGAGGAUACGCUGUAAUUUGUAAAGCAGAUUAGAUUUGUGCAUUGUGCAUUCGUGUUUUAAGUAUUAAAAGAGGAAUCGUGUUGAAUUUUUUGCAAUAUCUCUCCAGUUUCAAACUGUUUAGCAUAUUCACCCACUAUGCUACUCCAGAUCGCAGUAUGUGCUUUAUUGGCUUUACCAGUCGAGAUGAGUGUUUUUGGUAAUGGUGAUCAGCCCAACAUCAUUAUAACCAAUAAGCCAGAUCCUCCUCCGAAAAAUGAAACUGCCAGAAUGGCAAGAUACAUUGUUCAUUACUCAGAUUGGUGUGCAUUAGCUCAUAUUUCCCGACACGGCAACACUACUGGUUUUCCUGCGGCUAGGGUGUACUCUACAGCUGAUGGCUUCGACAACAGCAGCACUGGAAUACCUUUCUUCUAUGUUAGCAAAAUGGAUGCGCACAUCAAUGACUUAAGUACGGACGGUCGAUGCUCAGUUACCAUGUCACUGGCUGAGGGAAAUUACUGCCGCAAAGAGAGUCUGGACCCUGAAGAUCCUCGCUGUGCCCAAGUAAUACUCACCGGAAGGUUCAUCUUUCUUGAUCCUGAGAGUGAGCUAGCUCAGCAAGGAAAACUUUACCUGUUUGAAAGACAUCCUGUCAUGAGCAGUUGGCCCAAAGGACAUAAUUGGCAAGUGGGAAUGUUGAAAAUCGGCAACAUCCAGGUGGCCGACAACUUUGGAGGCAGUGCCUACCCUUCAGUUGAGGAUUAUUUUAAAGCCAACCCUUAGAAAAUGUUAUAACAGUAUGACGAAGAUCUUUACACGCUAUCAAGAAGUAGGCUGUGAAUUUUAUACAUAAAAGUACUUUGGAGUUAAUGUUAUAUUUUAAGUGAGAAACCAAAUACAAAUAGUGUAAAAUUUUAGCCAUUCAAUACAUUUGUUAUGCAGUUAACACGGAAUUUUAUGACAGAAUCUCUCUGAAUUCUUUUAAGUAAGUAGUUCUAGGUUAACAAAUGCAAUCAAAAUGUACAAUGCUUAUAUUUUUAUAGUAUUUCAUAUUCAUGUGAUAUUUAUUGUAACUAUGGUGCCUAAUAAUAAAACAAUAUUUCUUAUAAA